AUGGCCAACAGCUUCCUGGCGUCCUUUGUCGACAAGAUAAAGGAUGCCCAGUCACUGAAAAAUCCAACUGAGUUCCAUGAGCAAAGAAAACAUUUGGAUAGUGACAAGACUGAAGACUCCCUCAAGCACAAGGUCAGAAACAGGCCCGACCGUGUGGACGUGGUUAAUAUGCACAUACUCCAAGGCUCCACUGCAGAGAGAUCCAUCCCAACUGCUCAGAUGAAGCUGAAAAGAGCCCGUCUCGCGGAUGAUCUCAAUGAAAAGAUCGCCCUCCGGCCGGGGCCACUGGAGCUGGUGGAAAAGAACAUACUCCCCGUGGAUUCUGCUGUGAAGGAGGCCAUAAAAGGUAACCAGGUGAGUUUCUCCAAAUCAGCAGAUGCAUUUGCCUUCGAAGAGGACAGCAGCAGUGACGGGCUUUCUCCGGACCAGGCUCGGAGCGAAGACCCCCAGGGCUCAGCGGGAUCCCCUGCAGACACGAAAGCCUCAGAGACCCCUUUGGCAGGUCCUCUGGGGCCAGUCCAGGAUCAUUCUUCUGGCUCUGAAAAUGACAGGAAAGACUCAGCCUCCCAGCCCAGCAACCAGUCAGACACGGGGAAGCAGGGGCUCGGCCCUCUUGGCAACCCAGUCACUAUGCACGCUGCCGUAAAGUCCAAGUCCUUGAGCGACAGUAAGAACCGCCACAAAAAGCCCAAGGACCCCAAGCCCAAGGUAAAGAAGCUCAAAUACCACCAGUACAUCCCACCAGACCAGAAGGCGGAGAAGUCCCCGCCGCCCAUGGACUCGGCCUACGCCCGGCUGCUCCAGCAACAGCAGCUCUUCCUGCAGCUCCAGAUCCUGAGCCAGCAGCAGCAGCAGCAGCACCGGCUCAGCUACCCGGGAAUUCACCAAGCUCAGCUCAAGGAGCCAAAUGAACAGAUGGUCAGAAAUCCAAACUCUACUUCAACACCACUGAGCAAUACCCCUUUGUCUCCUGUCAAAAACAGCUUUUCUGGACAAACUGGUGUCUCUUCUCUCAAACCUGGCCCGCUGCCAUCAAACCUAGAUGAUCUGAAGGUCUCGGAAUUGAGACAGCAGCUCCGAAUCCGGGGUCUGCCGGUGUCAGGCACCAAGACGGCCCUCAUGGACCGGCUGCGGCCCUUCCAGGACUGUGCGGGGAACUCCGUGGCCAACUUCGGGGACAUCACGACCGUCACCUUUCCAGUGACGCCCAGCGGCGCGCUGCCCGGCUACCAGUCGUCCCCGUCCGCCGGCGCCCUGUCCAACGGCUUCUACCACUUCGGCAGCACCAGCUCCAGCCCCCCGAUCUCGCCCGCCUCGUCCGACCUGUCCGGGGCAGGGUCCCUGCCCGACACCUUCAACGACGCGUCCCCGUCCCUCUGCCUGCACCCGUCACCAGUGCACGCGUGCGCCGAGGAGAGCCUGCUGGGCGGCCUGGGCGGGGGCUCGCUGGCGCCCGAGCCGGACGGGCGGGACUCGGAGAAGGACAAGAUGCUGGUGGAGAAGCAGAAGGUCAUCAACGAGCUCACCUGGAAGCUGCAGCAGGAGCAGCGUCACGUGGAGGAGCUCCGGAUGCAGCUGCAGAAGCACAAGAGGGCCAGCGGCCCCGAGAAGCCACCGCCCUUCCUGGCCGUCCCCAUCAAGCAGGAGGACGCCGUGCCCAGCUGCCCCUUCGCGCCGCAGCAGAGACCCGGGAAGAGGCAAGGCCAUUGCGCUGAGGGCCAAGCGCAGGCGGGCGAAGCGGCAGGGCGCCGGCCCCUGGGACCCGCUCCCUGCGUGGAGGCCUCGAGCCACAGCGACGCGCUGCCUUCCACGUUCCUGAGCCCCCAGUGCUCCCCGCAGCAUUCGCCGCUGGGCGCUGUCAAAAGCCCGCAGCACAUCAGUUUGCCCCCGUCACCCAACAACCAUUACUUCCUGCCCUCCUCCUCGGGUGCCCCUGGGGAAGGGCACAGGAUCUCCUCACCUGUCAGCCAGGUGUGUGCUGCACAGAACUCAGGGGCACACGAGAGCCAGCCUGCAAGCUUCUCUCCCCAGCCCUCCAGCCUCCACCCACCUUUCUCUGGAGCCCAGGCAGACAGCAGUCAUGGUGCUGGGGGCACCCCUCGUCCUAAAAGCCCAGGGGUCCAGCAAAAGAUGGCUGGUUUACACUCUUCUUCUGAGAAGACGGGGCCAAAGUUCUCCAUUCCAUCCCCAACUUUUUCCGAGUCCACUUCAGCCGUUCCAGAGAUAACCCAGCCUCCGUCCUAUGAAGAUGCUGUCAAACAGCAAAUGACUCGGAGCCAGCAGAUGGAUGAGCUCCUGGACGUCCUCAUUGAAAGUGGAGAAAUGCCAGCUGAUGCUAGAGACGAUCAUUCGUGUCUUCAAAAAGUCCCCAAGAUACCCGGGUCUUCCCGAAGCCCCCCAGCUGCCCUGCCCAAGCCCUCCUCUUCGGGGGGCCACCUCUCCUUCGAUCACUAUGGCGCCGACAGCGAUGAGCACCUUGAAGUCUUACUAAACUCCCAAAGCCCCUUAGGGAAAGUGGGCGAUGUCGCCCUGCUGAAAAUCGGGAGUGAAGAGCCUCCCUUCGAUGGGAUAAUGGAUGGAUUCUCUGGGAAGGCUGCGGAAGACCUGUUCAGCGCCCAUGAGAUCUUGCCAGGCCCCCUGUCCCCGAUGCAGACUCAGUUCUCCCCCUCCUCCGUGGACAGCAGUGGGCUACAGCUAAGCUUCACCGAGUCUCCUUGGGAGACCAUGGAGUGGCUGGACCUCACGCCACCAAGCUCCACGCCAAGCUUUAGCUCCCUCGGCACAAGCGGCCCCAGCAUCUUCAACAUUGAUUUCCUGGAUGUCACGGAUCUCAAUCUGAAUUCCCCCAUGGACCUCCACUUACAGCAGUGGUAG